AGCAUCUCUAAUUCUUUUCAUCAUCGUCUAGAAAAAUGGCAACUGAAACUGGUUUAGUAAAAAUGUUCUUCUUCCCCUUCACAGGAGGCGGCCACCAAAUCCCAAUGAUAGACAUAGCAAGAGUUUUUGCAUCUCAUGGGGCCGCCUCAACAAUCAUAGCCACACCCUCCCACGCUCUCAACUUCCAAAACCUCAUAACUAGAGCCCAGAGCUCCGGCCACCCUAUCACCAUCCACACUCUCCCCGCAGAAAUACGCGACGCUACCGACAUCACCGCCGGACCAAUGACCGACACCUUCGUACUCCUUCAACCCCUCAAAACCUUCCUCCUCCGUCACCCGCCGGACUGCAUCGUCAUCGACAUGUUCCACCGCUGGGCCGGCGACCUAGUCGACGAGCUCCGAAUCCCGAGGAUUGUCUUCACUGGUAACGGUUGCUUCCCUCGCUGCGUCCAAGAAAAUAUAAGAAAAUACUUGAAUCUCGAGAAUUUGACUUCAGAUUACGAGCCUUUCGUCGUUCCUAACCUUCCUGGUAAAGUAGAACUCAGAAAGUCUCAGCUUCCGAUUUUCGCGAGAAAGCCGUCGCAGUUUCCUGAUAAAAUGAAGGAUUUCGAGGAUAAGGGCUUUGGAACUAUCAUCAACAGCUUUUACGAAUUGGAACCUGAUUAUGCUGAUUACAUGAGGAACGAGCUUGGGAAGAAAGCAUGGAUUGUGGGACCGGUUUCGCUUUGUAACGGAAGCGUAGAAGAUAAAACCCAGAGAGGGAAGUUGUCCACCAUUGACGAGCAAGGUUGCUUGAAAUGGCUGAACUCGAAGGAACCGCAUUCAGUUAUUUAUGUCUGCUUUGGAAGCUUGAUUCGGUUACCACCACAGCAGCUCAAGGAAAUCGCUUACGGUCUUGAAGCUUCUGGUAAAUCGUUCGUUUGGGUUGUUGGAAAAAUUAUGAAGUCAUCGCCCAAAAACAAAGAAGAAGAUGACGAAGAUGAUGUUCAAACAUGGCUCCCGGAAGGGUUUGAAGAGAGGAUGAAGGAAUCAAACAGAGGAUUGAUCCUUAGAGGGUGGGCUCCUCAGCUUUUAAUUCUGGAACAUGGCGCCAUUGGAGGGUUCGUGACUCAUUGUGGUUGGAACUCAACUCUAGAAGGAGUGUGUGCCGGUGUGCCUAUGGUGACGUGGCCGGUGACGGCGGAGUAAUUCUUGAAUGAGAAGCUGGUGACGAGUGUGUUGAGAAUUGGGGUGCCAGUUGGGAGCAGAGAGUGGGUGUGGUUUCGUGACGAGUGGAAAGAGGUGUUGGGAAGAGAGAAGGUGGAGAGUGCGGUGAAGAAGUUGAUGGGGGAGAGUGAGGAGGCGGCGGAGAUGAGAAUGAGAGUGAAGAAGAUUGCUGAGAGUGGCACAAGAGCUGUUGAAGAAGGUGGAACUUCUUAUCAAGAUGUUGAUGUCUUGAUUCAAGAGCUUCAAGAACGCAAAGUUAAUAAUUGCAAUGGCGAAGUUUAGAUUAGAUUGCCCAACAAUACAAAGAAGUUGUACACUUGAAUCCGCUUGAAUCCAAGAGAAAUAAAUUCUCUAUACAAGAAUUUCUCUGAAGCCGUUAAGCGUGACUAGGGGUGGCAAACGGGCCUAAACCCGCCGGGCCGGCUCGCGUAACCCGUCAAAAAAGGCGGGCUGGGCUGGAAAAUCGGGAUCGCCAAAUACCAAAAGUCCGCCUAACCCGCACCGCUAAAACCGCGGGUUUUGGCGGGCUUUGGCGGGGCGGGGCGGGCUUCCCCGCCGGGCUAAGGUUUUUAUUAGUGAGGGGGUAUUUUUGCAAUUUUUUUGUCAAUACCUAACUUCCCCCAACCUAACUUACAAGAGUAUGAAGAUAAAAAUUGAGUGUUUUGAAUUA